UCAUACUCAAACCGCCAAGUCACAUCAAGGAACUCGCCUUUACGAUGCUGAACUCCCGUUUCGGCGCUUCUCCUUUGAGUGGCCGGAGACGUGAAGUGGCCGUAGCUGAUUCUGGAGGAUCUAGACCGGAAAUACAGCAGAAGACCAUGUGUGGACAAGUUCGAAAGCUUCUGGAUUUUAUCAGCCCCGCUUGUCCACGAACGGAAACGGAGAAAUCUGAGAGCCGAGAAGAUUCCCCGAAGAAGCAAUCAAAGGGCUGCGCUAUGGAUACCGCCGAGUUUCGCAAAAGAGGCCGGGAAAUGGUGGACUACAUUUGUGAUUAUCUGGAAUCAAUUUCGCAGCGUCGUGUGACUCCUAAUGUUGAACCAGGGUACUUGCGGAACUUGAUUCCAAAUGCUGCACCUAAGAAGGGAGAAGAGUGGGAGGAUAUCAUGAAAGAUGUCGAAAGGUACAUCAUGCCGGGGGUUACUCACUGGCAACAUCCAAGGUUCCAUGCAUACUUUCCCGCCGGAAAUGCAUAUCCUUCAAUUCUAGCCGACAUGCUGUCUGACGCUAUUGGAUGUGUAGGUUUUUCCUGGGCUGCAAGUCCAGCAUGUACAGAACUAGAGACCAUUAUGCUGGAUUGGCUAGGUAAAAUGAUCGGGCUACCUGAAGAUUUUUUGUGUUUGUCAGACAAGAGCAAAGGUGGAGGGGUCAUAGAGGGUUCUGCUAGUGAUUGCAUUUUAGUAAAUCUCCUUGCUGCGCGUCAUGCUGCCAUCAAAGCACUGAAAGAAGAAAAACCUUUUGUAGAAGAAGGAACACUUCUCUCAUCCCUUAUGGCAUACUGUUCCAAAGAA